AUGGAAAGCUUGGGGGCAAUAAGGUCGGAGUACGACCAUUCCUACUACUUCAUUUCAAGCUUCAUCCAGGACCACCUGAAAUUCCAUGCCUCCUUCUUGAAUGGGGUGCUGCGAUGGUGCCCAGAUCCAGGGACAUCCCUGGCUCCGAGCGUCUACUCUGUAGAUCCCACAAUGGCCGAGGAGCCCACUGGUCCAGAGACUGUGAAUGCGGAUGAAGCGACCGACGCCGCUCCGAAGGAGUCCUCGGAGUCGACGUUGGCCGAUGCAGGCGAGACAACGCCAGAGGACGCCGAAGAGGCGCGCGAGGAGGUGGAAGCUGCCAGCAAUGCUCUGCAAACUGUGCGGAUCAUUGAUGGCAGCCCGAAGGAGAUCGACUCGUUGGCAGCCGUAUCCCUCCCGGAUGAGACUGCGCUUCAGCUGGUCAAAGUGAAGGUGGCGCCGCCGCAGGCUGGUGAGGUACGAGUGCGCCAGGUGGCUGCAGUGCCCUCACGGGUCGAUCUUUUUGCGGAGAAGGAGAAGCCAUACCCACGAAUCCUUGGCCUCGAGUCUUCUGCCAUCGUGGAGGACGUAGGCGAGGGCGUGGUCGAGUUUCAGCCUGGUGACCACGUCAUACCGUGCUACCAAGCACACUGUGGCGAAUGUGCGGGUUGCAAAGCGGCAGAGUCAAACUACUGCGACUCCGUCCAUCACGCGACAAGCCGUGGGGUGAUGGUGGCCGAUAGCCGGCCCCGGUUCUCCUACGGGAGCACGGAGGUCUACCACUUCAAAGGCACGAGCGCCUUCUCGGAGUACAGCGUAGUUCACGCGCACUCCCUCAUCAAGGUGCGCAAGGAUGCGCCCUUGACUUACCUUGGGCUCCUCGGAGGCGGGGUGGCCGCUGCUCUUGGAGCUGUCUGGAAUGUCGGCCGUGUGCAGCGGGGUGCGUCCGCUGUCGUCUUUGGCGCGCAGGCCGAAGGCUUGGCCGUGAUUGCUGCGCUUGUGAAAGCAGGGGCUGGGAAGAUUGUAGCAGUGGAUCCGUAUUCUUCGAGGCUCGACCUGGCCCAAAAAUGGGGUGCAACCAGCCUCCUGAAUCCGUAUUCUCUGCCGGAGGGGGUCAGCGUCAAGGAUGAGAUCCUAAAGCUUAUUGGAUCGACCGCCGACUUCGCCUUCGACUGCCGGGGAGACCUGGAGUUGGCUCCCUCGGUUUUAGAGGUCGUGAAAGAGUGGGGGAAAUGCGUGACGGUGGGUACGCCGCAUGGUCCUGACGUGCUCCUCCGGUCAUCCUGGCCGCCGCCAGGGGGUCUCAACAGCGUCACCUUCGGAGGUUGGCGCUCAAAGCCGCAGAUCCCCUUGCUGGUGGACCUCUACAUGGCUGGGGAGUUGAAAGUGGAUGAGUACAUCACGCGCGAAGAGUCCUUCGAAAACAUCAAUGAUGUCUUCGACAACUUCGAUGAUGCCGCGGGGGUGCGAACCGUUCUGAGCCACAUGCGUGAUUCAGUCGGGGCGGGCAGUGGAGGGUCUUCUGCAUGUUCAUCGGCCAUCUUCAUGAUGCGACUAGCAGACCAUGCGGAGGUCCCACGGCCGCCUCCCUCCGGGCGGCCUGAGCCACAAGCGCCAUCGAAGUCACAGUCGACGCCGGCCCUCCGGGCAUCUCAGCUGCGGAGCGCCGCAGAGCCGAACAUGUCGAAGCGCUACGACGUGUCCAUGGGCAUCCUCGGGCGGGAGACCUCCAAGCCCAG